AUGACCUCACAUCAUACCGUUCCGAAAUGUUGCACAUGUUGUUGCUCUAAAACAGGAACUUUUUUAAUUUAUUUAUGGAUUGCUGUUUUAUCGUUUACCAUCUCUGCAAUGCAAUGGAUUUAUCAGGAACCAGCAUUUUAUGACCCAUAUAUUUAUAGACCUAUUUCAGAAGAUCAUUUUUCACACAUUCGUCAUUCAUCGCAGCUGCUUUCAUCGUCGUCGUCGUCCAAACAACGAUGGAAUUUAUCGAUUCAUUCCUCUUCCUACUCGAAUUCAGCACAAUCAUCCUUCUCUUCACACAACUCCUCUCCUUCAUUUUCACACAUUAUUUAUUUUAACCGAUUUAACACAACCACUUUUGUGAAACAACAACCUGUUUCAUCGACUAGUAGUACAUCAAGUGAAUCUUUAAAUUCUCAAUUUUCACAUACUUUUCAAUUAUUUGAAAUGGUCACCAUUCAAUCGAAUAUGAAUCAUGACUAUUUUUUUGAAACCAAUCAUUUUACUUCACUGAUUGUACAAUUUCAUGGCUAUGCAGAAUAUUCUGAACGAUAUACUUUCUUUUAUGAACGAUUUUUUAGUCUGAAAAAAGAAUCCAUUUCAACAGCCAAUCAUACCGAAUUUGACAACUUGUCAAAAAUUGCAAUUUAUUCCUAUGAUUUACGAGGACAUGGCUAUUCGAGUGGCAAUGGAAGAUCAUUUUGGAGAACUUCUCAUGAACAUUUACAAGAUAUUGAAACGGUCAUUUGUGAACGAAUUCCUUUCAUUUUAAAUUCUGUUCUAAAAUCACCCAAUGCAAAAGUUUAUUUAAUGGCACAUUCUACGAGUGCUCUUAAUAUUUUGACAUUUGAUUAUUUGAAAAAAGGAAGAACACAUCAUGAGAAUUCUGAACAAGUAGAAACAUCUGAGAAUUUUUCAUUCCAAUGUUCAAAAUUUCAACAACAAGGAGAACCACUACACAAAUUAUCGACUCAUUCUCGUGCAUCAGAUGAUUCAUUAUUGAAGGCAUCACCAAAUUCUGAAACAGCAAGUUCAGAAAGAACGAGUACUGAUCAAUUAGCAAGCAGAAAAUUCACACCACUCAUGACCUUGAAAACAAUGAUUCCUAAUUUUGGUGGAAUAAUUCUCACUUCACCUUCAAUUGCCUUAAAGGGAUUUUAUAAUGAUUUUUGGAGUCGAAAAAGUCCUUCGUCUUCCUCUCGAGACACUUUACACCGUUCAGCAACCACCCGUCCACAGCAUCAUGAAAAUACUCUUAGAAAUCAUUUAAAUAUUUAUUCAUCGAGUAAUAGAGAAGAAGUUGAGGCAGAACAUGAAGUAUCUUCGUUUUUUGAAAUGCAAAUUUAUUUAGUGAAAUAUUUAAUGUUACCUCUAUUUCCUUCACUGCCCAUUUAUCCUUCCUUUGGCGCAUUAUGUUUACAUCCGAAAUGUUUACAGAGAUAUAAGGACGACAGGAUUAUGUAUAAAGGUCCGUGGAAAGUUGGUCCUUGGGUUUCCAUACUUGAACAAAUGAGAAAUGUUGUUCUCUAUUUGAGAUAUCAUGCAAUUACUGUUGACGUCAGAAAAGAUGCUGGCAACCAUGACCAUACCAUGAAUCGUAGUCGUUGUACAGCUAUAACUCCUCCUGUCUUAAUCAUGCAUGGAGAAGGAGACAAAUUAUUUGACUGGUCACGAACACGAGCGUUAUUUGAAAAUUAUUUUGGAAAUCGAAUGCAGUGGAAAUCUUAUGAAAAUUUGGGUCAUGAUUUGUGGCAUGAAGAAGACAAUAUUCAAAUUGCAAGAGAUUUGUACCAUUUUGUGUCGAAUCCAGAUAACCACCACGAACGUGGUAAUGUUUAA